GCGGAGUCUUUCUCUUUAGCAUUUUUAGCAUAGCAUAUCAUAGGAUACACUGGAUUGGGCUGCAACAAGAAAACGCGACUAACUUACCUAGGGGCAGAGUCUACAGAAACGCGAAGCAUCUGUGCCUCUCAAAGUACUUAUUGAAAAGGAUCCAAGGUCCUUGCAUUUAUAUAGCUACUUUUCAGCCAAAUAGGAGUGGGAAGACGCGCAUCCGGUUACCAUCUGUCAGAUGUCCUCGUCGGGCCUUGCCGAUAAACGCCUCCUGGAGGAACGCAAGCUGUUUCGAAAGAAUAGGCCGUACGGGUUCGUUGCGAAGCCUGCGACCAAGGGCGAUGGCAGCACAGACAUGAGGCUCUGGGAGUGCCGCAUCCCUGGGCCCAGCGGGACGGCCUGGGAAGGCGGCUCCUACCCCGUAACCCUGAAGUUCGGCGACUCUUACCCUGUGGAGCCUCCUGCUUGCUCCUUCCCUGAGGGCUUCUUCCACCCGAACGUGUACCCAGACGGCGAGGUGUGCCUCAGCCUGCUCAACAACGACGCGGACCUGGGGGGCCAGUGGGCUCCCAGCAUCUCCAUCACCCAGAUCCUGCAGGGGAUCCAGGAGCUCCUGAACAACCCCAACAUCUACUCACCGGCACAGAAGCACGCCUACGACGUGUUGAAGAACAGCCCGGCGACCUAUGAGAAGAUGGUACGGGAACAGUCGAAGAAGUACCCGUCACCAGACGACGAGUAGCCCCUGCUUGGAGGAUCGUUGAGAGGAGGAGGUUUCGCCCAGGGUGCCCCAUGGCGGGUGUAAAGGGUGUCGUGAUUGCUGAGUAUAGGAUUGCUAGUGAGAACUGGACGCAUCCAGGCAUGUGGGCAGGGACUUGAGGCCACGUAGGAUUAAGCUGGGAGUGUUUUCUCUUAUGCAGGUUGAUGUAUGCGAUGAUGCCGUAGUGUGAUGCCAUCCCGUACAGUCCGUGCUAGUACUGCCAGCAGUCGUAUAGAGUAUUAGUAUGAGCAGCCCUUGUAGAUGGUAGAUGCUAGCUGACGUUUUUACUAUUGAUCCCGAAGUUACGGCGAAAUGCAUAUCUCUCUGCAUUGCUGUACAAGCAGAACCUCGCGAGCGGCGUUAGUAAAGACAACACAUUACUGUCCGCCAAGAUCUUGUAGCUUUGAAUUUAGGUUAUCCUGUCGCGACCAAAUGCAGCGACCACAAGCGCUAUCAGGAGCAACCGAUGCAAACAUCUCGGAACCAGCGACGCUAGUUGGAUGUGGCCGAGUUGGAAAAGCCAUCGCGAAAAUGCUGGAUCGCGACCUGGGCGCGGUGGUGUCGCGUCAUGAUGGCGCUAUCUCCGAUGACGGAAAGG